UUAUCCUAUUUCUAGGCUAAUCGGUAUGGUGGUUGCCUCUGGUAUACAAGGAUACUUCAAAGAUGAUUUGGCUCCCACUGGGACUUGGAGAUCUGAUGCCACAAUGAGGACUCACACCCGGGGAGCCCCAAGUGUGUUUUUCAUACACGUGAUGUGCUUCGCCUUUGCUUGCGGCACCAGGGAGGACGUGGAUGCCAUGGUUCCUUUUGUCAAUGCCAACUACGACAGCUAUCCCAUGCUCUACUUUUCCAAGGGUGAUGUGGAGGGUCUGCGUCUCCAGGCAGCAACCACACACCGACACAUCACAGCUCGGCUGAUGGAGGCAGUGCAGACAAUGCUGUCGAACCCCCUGGAGUACCUCCCGCCAUGGGAUCCGAAGGAGUUCAGUGCUCGGUGGAAUGAGAUUUAUGGCAACAACCUGGGGGCCUUGGCAAUGUUCUGUGUUCUCUAUCCUGACAACACUGAAGCCAUUGGCAUGGCCAAGGAUUACAUGGAGAGGAUGGCAGCUCAGCCUAGUUGGCUAGUGAAGGAUGCCCCGUGGGAUGAGGUCCCUCUGGCCCACUCCUUAGUUGGCUUUGCCACAGCUUAUGACUUCUUGUACAGCUAUCUUAGCAAGACUCAACAGGAGAGAUUUCUUGAGGUAAUUGCCAAUGCUUCGGGAUAUAUGUACGAAACAUCAUACAGACGAGGAUGGGGUUUCCAGUACCUCCAUAACCACCAGCCUACCAACUGUGUGGCCCUGCUGGCUGGAAGCCUGGUUCUGAUGAAUCAAGGCUACCUUCAGGAAGCUUACUUAUGGACCAAGCAAGUGUUGGCAAUCAUGGAAAAGUCAGUAGUCCUGCUGCAGGAGGUCACAGAUGGCUCCCUCUAUGAAGGGGUGGCUUAUGGCAGCUACACAACCAGGUCACUGUUUCAGUACAUGUUUCUUGUCCAAAGGCACUUUGAUAUCAAUCACUUCAACCACCCGUGGCUCAAGCAGCACUUUGCAUUUAUGUACAGGACUGUCCUGCCAGGGUUUCAGAGGACAGUGGCCAUUGCAGACUCCAACUACAACUGGUUCUAUGGGCCAGAGAGCCAGCUGGUGUUUCUCGACAAAUUCGUCAUGCGCAAUGGCAGCGGGAACUGGUUGGCAGACCAGAUCAGGAGGAACCGGGUGGUGGAGGGCCCAGGAACUCCAUCCAAAGGGCAGAGGUGGUGCACUCUCCACACUGAAUUUCUCUGGUAUGAUGCAAGUUUGCGCUCCAUCCCUCCGCCAGACUUUGGGGUUCCAAAGCUGCAUUACUUUGAGGACUGGGGAGUGGUAACCUACGGAAGUGCUUUGCCAGCUGAAAUCAACAGGCCUUUCCUUUCCUUCAAGUCAGGAAAGCUGGGAGGACGUGCAAUAUAUGAUAUUGUUCAUAAGAACAAAUACAAAGAGUGGAUCAAGGGAUGGAGGAACUUUAACGCUGGCCAUGAACACCCAGACCAGAACUCCUUUACUUUUGCUCCCAAUGGCAUACCUUUUAUUACAGAAGCUCUGUAUGGGCCAAAAUAUACUUUUUUUAAUAAUGUAUUGAUGUUUUCCCCUGCUGUGUCCAAGAGCUGCUUCUCCCCAUGGGAAGGGCAGAUUACAGAGGACUGUUCUUCAAAAUGGCUUAAAUAUAAACAUGAUUUGGCUGGUGACUGUCAGGGACGAGUCGUUGCUGCCAUGGAGAGAAGCGGGGUGGUUUUUAUCAGGGGAGAAGGAGUGGGGGCAUAUAAUCCUAAGCUGAAGCUGAGAAAAUUGCAAAGAAACCUCAUACUUCUUCAUCCUCAACUUUUGUUGCUGGUGGACCAAAUCCACCUAGAAGAUGACAGCCCUCUGGAGGCAGCAACCAGUUUCUUCCACAAUGUGGAUGUGCCUUUUGAAGAAACAGUUGUUGAUGAGAUCCAUGGGGCAUUCAUUAGACAUCGUGAUGGAAUAUAUAAGAUGUACUGGAUGGAUGACACUGGCCACAGCGAGAAAGCUACCAUUGCCUCAAGAAUGUAUCCCCGGGGCUACCCUUACAAUGGCACAAACUAUGUGAAUGUAACGACCCUCCUGCGGCACCCCAUCACCAGAGCCAUUUACUUGUUCAUUGGGCCCUCCAUCGAUGUGCAAAGCUUCACUGUUCGUGCAGACUCUCGGCAGCUGGAUGUUUUUGUCACCACCAGUGAGCAUUCCUAUGUGGUUUACCUGUGGACAGUGGAGGACGGGCCUCGUUCUGCCUUUGCACAGGUUACUGCAGGCCGUCAGAAAAUUGUCUUUGACCGAACGUCUGCCAUUAGGAACUUUGCCGUGCCAGAAGUGAAGGACUACAUUGGGAUCGUGGAGAGGAACCUGCAGCAUUUUAAGCCUGUUUUCCAGCAGCUUGAGAAGCAGAUCUUGUCUCGUGUACGAAACACAGCUAGCUUUAGGAAGACUGCUGAACGCCUGUUGAGGUUUUCAGAUAAGAGACAGACAGAGGAGGCCAUUGAUAGAAUAUUUGCAAUCUCACAGAGGCAGCAGCAGCAGCGUGGAAGAGCAAAGAAAAAUAGAAAAGUAUCCAAAGGUUACAAAUUUGUUGAUGCUGUUCCUGACAUUUUUGCACAAAUUGAGGUAAAUGAAAGAAAAGUGCGACAGAAGGCACAGACUCAAGCACAAAAAGAGUUGCCUAUUGAUGAAGAUGAGGAAAUGAAAGAUCUUUUGGAUUUUGCAGAUAUCACUUAUGUGAAGCACAAAACUGGAGUUUCAAUCAAGGGCCGAUCAGGGCUGGCACAGUUGGUGGCAACCACUCGAAGUAGUGCCCCAUCAAUAUCAGCUUCUUAUACCCGCCUCUUUCUAAUUCUCAACAUUGCUAUUUUUUUUGUCAUGUUAGCAAUGCAGCUCACAUACUUUCAGAAGGCCAAGAGACUGCAUGGCCAAAGAUGUCUGUAUGCAAUACUUUUAGUAGAUAGCUGUAUAUUAUUGUGGCUGUAUUCUUCCUGUUCUCAGUCACAAUGUUAGCAGAAGACCUCUACUAGUCGACCAGUUUAUGGUCAUAUGUGUCUAUGCAAAAGCAUUAACCCUAAUAGGGCCAAAGUUUAUGUUCUUUUCUUUCUGAAACAUUCCAAAAACAGCUGGGAAAAUAUUGAUUUCAGACCAGAAAGGAUUGACAAAUCAGGCAGGCAAUGAAUUUCUCAGAAAACUGAGUACUUAGUAAGUACUCCUCCUUUGAGUUUUGAGUUGGGCCUCACAUCUGACGGAACAUUAUGCUUUGUUCUUCAGAGUUCAGUGAUACAAAGCUGUAAUUAAUUAUUUCUUUUGUGAGAAGAGCCCUCUUAAGAUAUAUGUUUCUAAGGGCUUUCUUUUAAAUAGGGAAUUGGAUUUGCAUUUAGUGACUUUUAAUUUCCAGGCUGCUGUGAAUGUCUGUGGACAUUCUCUUAAGGAAAGGAUAUUCAAUCACAAGUAUGCAGGGAAGAUCUUAGCGGCAGAUGCCAUUUUUCUCUGCCAAACCAAAGAAUAUUUAAUUGUGGGACGCUCCUGUAUAAUUAUUUCAGACACUUCCAUUGUGUCAUCUCUUCCAUGCUUUACAGUCUGGCACAGUUGGAGGUGGCGAUCCUGUCAGUACUUACCAAUGAGCAGCACAAUGUUUAGUAGGCAGCAACAGGAGGAGUAGAAUAAGGAGCUGGUUCAAAGUGCAGAGGAAGACAAUUCUCAGGAAAAAAAAAAAAAAAAAAACACCUUUUUCAGUCAAGAGUAGACUGCGGAAAGAUGAAUGUUGUGGGGUCUGUUCUCGAUUUUUCAAGGCAGGGUUUCACAAAAGUUUUCUAUAGUUUGAAGUGCAUCUUAGUAGAGAAAUAAUGUUCUUCUACAUGCACUUGUAAAAAUACAAAAACCAAAGCAAUCCUGUGGUAACCUCAACAAUUGCUACUAGGGAAAAAGAGGUAUUAUGGAAGUAUUUAGUGUCUUUUUUUCUUCUCACACGGCUAGAAGAAGAGGACAGUUAAAAUUAUGCGAACAAUCUGUUCUCUAUAAAGCACCAGGAAGGGUUCUGCAAGCUCGUGGUGGAUCCGGAUCAAUUAUCUGGGGAUUAGUGGUAAAUGGAAUUUACACUGGGAUGUAAAUGGGAUUUACAGCAAAAAUAAGUUUGACAUCUCCACAUUUAUCCCCUUCUGUUCAUUAAACUGAUUUUAAGAAAUCAUAGCUAUUUGAGAGAAUGGAAAAUCUAUGGAAUUGGGGCAUAUCUGUAUAUCUUUACAGGUAAAUAAUUUUUCCAGUACAUUUGUUAAAUAAAAAUAUUAUAAUUUUCUCUGCAGAAAAAAAAUGUUUCUCUUUGAUUAGAAUAUUUUUCCCAUUAAUUACAGUAAUUAUGUUCAUCAGCACUUCGUUCAAACCAUAAAACUUUGUUUCCUUUUCCUUACACCCAUUUAGGUAUGUUAUCUACAUGGCUAUUUUUAAGCCUUCUGGAGAUUAUGCAUUGUAAUAUGCUGAGCUUUUAUUGUCUAAACAUUUUUAGUGAACAGAUCAUAUGUUCCAGAUACUGAGCCAUAUCAGCACUGUGUUCACAUACAGAAGCUCUGCUACAAUCUUCGAUGCCUGGAUUUAGCCAGUAAAAUUUGACAUGUUAGUCUAGGCAAAGGAAGCUGACUGGUUGCAUGAUGUUACUUACAGUGUAAGUAUGUCUAGAUUGUGAGAAGCUGUGUGCCACUAGACAUUUCCUUUCUGUCUUUGCACAGGGAUAACAGGAAAGUAUGGAGAAAUAGCUGUUGGUUAUUUUAUUGUUAUUAUUAUUAUUUAGUAUUAGAUACUUCUGUAUCUUUGUCCUCUUUGGAGAUGCUUGAACCUUUAGAAAAAUGAAGAGCUGUGAUGGCCAUGAGCCUUUACUAGACUGAUGUAAUCAGCAGCAUUUAUACAAAUCUUUCACUGCAACUGACAGUUGUGUAUGUUUUUCCCUAUGUCAGGUCGCCAUUGCUUUGUUGGACAGUCAACUACGGAAAGCAAAUCUUUUGUAUCUCUAGACCAAAAAGCUUUUGAGAAGUACCGGCACUUCUUGGCUGGCUGUGUACAGUGUGCCAUCCAAAUUAUAGUACAGGAUUAGUAUGUGUGUCCAAUGAAACUGCAGAAUUAUGGAAAGUAAGAUAUGGUCGUGAACACUAGCUCUUGUUUACAUGAUGCCUCUCUGCACCAUUGUAGCAAUGUGAAGAUGAAAAGGUGGGUAUAAUAGAUCCCUGUGCUCAGAGCUAGGUAUUAAAGCAGCUUGUAAAGCCAGCCAGCAUUUAAAUGUGGAGUGAGUGUACAUGAAAUGAUGGAGUGAAGGGAAAUGAAAAUAAUCUCAUAUACUUCUUAUUCUUUUCUACACUGGCACCUUUUUAAAAGUCCUUCUCUAAUGUUUGUUUAAAUUUUCUUCCAAUUUCUUGCUUCCAUUCUUCUUCCGCCGCCUUCUUUCUCUCAUUCUUUAGCACAGCUUAUCAUAGAAUCACAGAAUCACAGAACUGUAGGGGUUGGAAGGACCUUCAGAGAUCACUGAGUCCAAUGAAAGCAGGCCCCCUUCAACAAGCUGCAUAAGUAGGUGUCCAGGCGAGUCUUGAAUAUCUCCAGAGAAGGAGAAUCCACAACUGCCAUGGACAGCCUGUUCCAGUGCUCCGUCACCCUUACUAUGAAGAAGUUCCUUCACAUAUUGAUGCAGAACUUCCUAUGCUCAAGUUUAUGGCCAUUUCCCUUUGUCCUGUCCCUACAGAUAGCUGAGAAGAAGCUGGCCAUGUCCCUCUGACUCCCACACUUAAGAUAUUUAUAAACAUGAAUAAGAUCACCUCUGAGUCAUCUUCUCUCAAGGCUGAACAGACUCAGUUCGCUCAGCUUUUCCUCAAAGGGGAGAUGCUCGAGGCCCUUUAUCAUCCUUGUGCCCCUCAGUUGGGCUCUCUCCAGGAGAUCCCUGUCUUUUUGUACUGGGGAGCCCAGAACUGGAUACAGUACUCCAGGUGAGGCCUGAUCAGGGCAGAGAAGAGGGGGAGGAUCACCUCCCUUGAACUGCUGGCCACACUCCUUUUAAUGCACCCCAGGAUGCCAUUGGCCUUCUUGGUCACCAGGGCACACUACUGGGUCAUGGACAGCCUGUCAUCCAUCAGGACCCCCAGGUCCUUUUCUGCAGAGCAUCUCUCCAGCAGGUGAUGUCCCCUCAUCUUAUCUAAUGGAAUCUGAAGCAAGUGGAGCAAAGAGCAAACAUAUUCUUGAUGUCUGAAAUUAGCACCUUGGGCCGUGGGCCAGAAGUGUCUGUGUUACAAGCCAGGAAGAAAUAAUUCAAGCCUUCAGAUGGCGACAUGCCCUGAAAAGGUCUGUCUAGGCUUUGCUAGGAAGUAUAGUGAGGAAGAGCAAGAACAUGGCAUCAGUCCAGCUAGCUCUAGUGGCUGGUUGGAGUCCUUAAUGCCUGUACACAUAGGAGAGGAUACUGUCCUUGUCUUUGGCUCAUUAGUCCAAAAUAAAAAUGAGCAGCAGUGACAGUACCAUGUGUGUCUACGGCAGAGGCACGCAGCACCAGUUUUAUCUGGUCUGGGUAUGCUGAACCACAAAAUGUCAUUGUAUGGUAUCCAUUAACAAAGUUAUCAUCAGCUUUCUUUUUAAAAUGGAGUCAUGCUACAAAGUGUUUUUUGCAUAUGCCUCUGUUCCCAUUCUUACUCUGCCUCUUUUUGCUUUCUGAAAAUGUUCAUGUUCUACAUCUCUGGCCACAGGAAAAUAUGGCUAUUCUACAGUUGACUUCUCUCAACUUCUGUUCAGAACUUGAUUUUUUGUCAUGCAGAUUUGUUUUAGGGCUGCAGUCUAAAUUAACCUGAACUUAGUUCAAUGUAUUCUGAGCAGAGUCAUUGGGAAUUCAGCUUGAUGGUAGCUGUGUGAGUGUUUGAGGGUGGAAUCUGGUUCUUAGAUUUGUAAGUGAUUUUUGAGAUUAUCUAAAAACUGGAUGUGUAUGUUAUAUACAUCAUUGUGACUAAAGGAAACAAAGGGAAUGGAGCGCAUUACCUCAUUUCUUAAAUCUUAGAAGAUUAAAGUUGAUUCUUAAGUAUUGUAUGUCUGAAAUGUAUCAAAUUCUUCCGUUACCUAUGUAUUUUCCAGUGAUUUUUUUUUUCUUAGUUUUUGAAAGUAUAUAUUGUCUGGAAAAUAGAUUUAUGCACCAGGCCGUUACAAGCAUAUUUAUUGGGUCUGUGAAAGUCUUACUUCAGAUGAUCAUAUACACAUUUAUCUAACUUUAAUCCUUAUGGUCUGGCUACUCUCUUAGAAUUCAGAAGGAUAACUUUAAACUAUUAAGUCAGACUCGGCUAAUGGGGGCCAGAUUUUAUUUUCUGUCCUUUCUUGAUUGUUGACUCCAGGAGAACUCUGUAGCAGGAGGCCUGUGUGAUCCAGUGCUGGAUGUAUCCAUAUGGUCCUCAGCACUCGACCUGUUUUCUAAACAAGUUCAGCCUUGAAACAAAGCACUUCAAAGAAUAUAAAAACUAGAAUCAGUUUUUUCUCCUGAUAAUAUCUAAUAAAGAUGAGUGAAUUAAUUUAACUUCAUGCUUGCCUGGUUUGCUACUCUAGCAAACAGCAAAGCAAUUAAUUUCAUGAGAAUUCAGAUUUCAUCUUCAGUUUUCAAUGAAACUGAACAUAACUGCAGUAGCCACAAGAUACUAAGGAGUGUGUGAAUUGUACAGACAAGACCAAAUCCUCCCUGCUUUAACUGACAUUAAUAAAAGUAUCAAGGAAACAAUGUAAAUCA